AUGAAGGCCUACGCCGCCCUCCUCACCGUUGCCGCCGUGCACGGCGUCGUUGCCGCUCCCCAGCAACCGGGGGAGAAGGGUAAGCCAGCCGACAAGGACAAUUUGGCCCCCCCUCGUGGCCCGACUCUGCCGGCGGACCAUGUCAUCAGGACACAGGUGCCGGGACUGGCCCUCAGCGCCUGCUACCAGAACAGCACCGGACAAUACAAGGACGGCAUUGCUGGUGCGAGUAUUCCAAACGACAUGGGAGACAAAUUCAAGUAUCCCUGCAACUCGGAGCAAGAAAUCACCGGCUACUGCAGUUCCUUGUACUCAAAUGACAGAAUGGGCAUGUACCACUGCUUGUUUGGCGAAGGCUCGACCUACAGGACCGACCGCACCUGCUGCAUCGCGUGCAGAUUCCAGAACCAGGAUGGCGCCGAGGGCAGCGCGACAGAGUCCCCCAAGUUUCUGGACGCGCUCGCCGACCUGUUGAAGAAUGGCGAGGGAGCCUUCGACAUGAAGGAGCUGACCAAACAGGCCAAGGAAAAGAUCAACUUGAAGGCCGUCGUGGCCCCCAACACAAACUUUGUCAAUGACAAGGGAGUGGCCGACAUCAACAUCCUCACCUACUGUCCCAAGAUCCAGACGCCGCAGAAGGCUGGCGAGCAGCCCAAGGGCAGCGCCGAGGAGGCAAAGGGUGACAAGACCGGCAAAGAGGACAAGGACAACAAGGUUGACAAGCCUGCUGUCCCCGAACAGGGCAAGGCAGUCACCGUACACUCGACUCUUGGUUCCUUUGAGACGGCUGCCAACGCGUCGGCCAUCGGAGAAUUCAAGUUCACAGUUGAAAGGAACUACUGCUUCGUGUGCGCCAGCCCUGACCAGUCACCGGAGGAGAGCAAGCAGUACGUCAAAAUGUCUCUGCGCAUCGCAGAAGAGUGCAAGGUCGAAGACGUGUCGGUGGAACCCAAGUCUGUCGUGCGCAAGGCCCGGAGUGCCGAGUCGAAGAACGCAGUCUCCCUCAAGGGAUUCAACCUCGACAGCGUCCGCAACAUGGACCAGGUUCCCAAGGGACUCGAGCCCAGGAUUAGCGUCAACGCCGAGGCAAAGUUGGACUUGAAGGUCUUGUUCACCGGCCCCAGCGCCCAAGUAGGCAGCAGCGGAGCCUUGUCUCCCGUCGCCAACAACAAGGGACCUAAGGGGAACGUCGGCAGCAACGGGCCUCAGGGAAACGCCCGCGAGGGCGACGAGGAUCUUGACUACUGCGAAUGA